AUGCGCUGGCACACCACCGUCCUCAAAGCCAUCUUCCAGUCCCUUCACAUGAGCACUCAGGCCAUGGAAAACCCACCAGCUCAUCUCACAUACCACAUCUCAACUCAAGAGGAUCCUGUCAAGAUCGAAGCAGAUGCUGCAACACUGUCAGUCUUGAUUGAGCUGCUCCCGUAUUGCUUGAGCGACGUCCAGUGGCUCUUCAAGGCCUUGGAGAGCAUUGAAGUCACCAUGAGGGCUAUCUUGUCGUCCUUGGCAGCUCCUUCAACCCCCGUCAAUGCCACUUUCAUUGACAGCAAGGAUCAAACUUGGACUGAAAUGGGCUAUCUGCAUCCCAACAAUAGUGUCAAGGGGUGCCUUGUAGCACUUCUACCUGUGUUUAUGGCAAGAACACCACAGAUGCCAUCAAAACUCGUUCUGUCUAUGCCCCUCGCCCAGGGAACAGCCAUGCUCUCCCUAUUGUCUGCACGGGGCUCAGCUCCUUACAGUGAUGAGUGGGUGGCCAAGCACCCCCCCCCCCAUCUGGCUACUCUGGGAGCACUUAGUCACACUGGCCGAGGGUUCCAGGGGUCUGGAAUUGGCAGCACCGACACUGCCAACCACAGAGCUUCCUUUACCAUGGGCAAAGAAUGGUGUUACCGUCUGACAGUAUGGACAAGAUACGAGCAGCUGCAGAAGCUGUCUUGUGCGGCAGAGUUCAAGAAGGUGUCCGUCGGCACAGUUUGUGCCCACAGAUGGGUAGCGGAAGUAGCGAACUUCUUGUGUAGUGGCAUCAGCUGGAACAACCUCAUGUUCUAUCUACAUGCUGUAUCUGUCUUUGAUCUGUCUGACAAGGUUGGUGGGUGGAAGCAGCCAUGCGAGCAAAGUCAGUCUUUGCAACAUCAACUACCUUCAGAAGUGCCCUUGCAUUUCUUCCGCCGAGAGCUUGUCUGGCAAGCCAUGGGUGCACACCUUGGCUGGCCAGUCUAUGGUCAAGAUCACCAAAUGGGGGCUAUGCUGGCCAGCUCAAAAGGCACAGGCCAGGUGGACGCAGUUGUCCACCAGCCUACGAUAAUGGCUCAGUGCACAUGGACCUUGAAUGUCACCAGGCCGCAGGCUGCCAGCACGGCAGCCAUGAAUGCGGUCAUGAAUGUCAUGAAUGAGUUUCUUGGAAGCGGCACUACAUACACCAUUUCCCUUGGCCCGCCUAACCCCGCUCCUCCUGCUGCUCUCAAUGCUCCUGCUCCUGUCCCUCCCUCUCCUGUCACUCUGGCACUCAUCAUCACUCCUGCUCCCGCCGCUCCGGCACUCCUGGCUCCCGUGGUCAUUGGUCCUCGGCGCUGCUCUGCAGCUCAAAUCACUGCCAAGGUCGAGGAGGUUUUGGUAUCUGGUGGAACCCUGGGGAAGCUGCACAAUGUCUUCCACGAGGAGCUGGAGAACCACUCAGGCAGAAACCUGCGGUUGACUCUUCGGUAUUUGGAGAAUGUCUGCAGAUCACGAGGUUACGAUCCCUGA